AGCGAGAAAGAUGGCGGACCCGGCCGAGUGCAACAUCAAAGUGAUGUGUCGCUUCAGACCUCUCAACGAGUCUGAGGUGAACCGCGGCGAUAAGUACAUCGCCAAGUUUCAGGGAGAAGACACGGUCAUGAUUGCGUCCAAGCCGUAUGCAUUUGACCGAGUGUUCCAGUCAAACACCUCUCAAGAGCAAGUGUAUAAUGACUGUGCAAAGAAGAUUGUUAAAGAUGUACUUGAAGGAUACAAUGGAACAAUAUUUGCAUAUGGACAGACGUCCUCUGGGAAGACACACACAAUGGAGGGUAAACUUCAUGAUCCAGAAGGCAUGGGGAUUAUUCCAAGAAUAGUGCAAGAUAUUUUUAAUUACAUUUACUCCAUGGACGAAAAUUUGGAAUUUCAUAUUAAGGUUUCAUAUUUUGAAAUUUAUUUGGAUAAGAUAAGGGACCUGUUAGAUGUUUCAAAGACCAACCUUUCAGUUCAUGAAGAUAAAAAUCGAGUACCCUAUGUAAAGGGGUGCACAGAGCGUUUUGUAUGUAGUCCAGAUGAAGUUAUGGAUACCAUCGACGAAGGAAAGUCCAACAGACAUGUAGCAGUUACAAAUAUGAAUGAACAUAGCUCUAGGAGUCACAGUAUAUUUCUUAUUAAUGUAAAACAAGAGAACACGCAAACAGAACAAAAGCUGAGUGGAAAACUUUAUCUGGUUGAUUUAGCUGGUAGUGAAAAGGUUAGUAAAACUGGAGCUGAAGGCGCUGUGCUGGAUGAAGCGAAGAACAUCAACAAAUCCCUUUCUGCUCUUGGCAAUGUCAUUUCUGCUCUGGCUGAGGGGAGCACAUAUGUUCCAUAUCGAGAUAGUAAAAUGACAAGAAUCCUUCAAGACUCAUUAGGUGGCAACUGUAGAACCACUAUUGUAAUUUGCUGCUCUCCAUCAUCAUACAAUGAAUCUGAAACAAAAUCUACACUCCUGUUUGGUCAAAGGGCCAAAACAAUUAAGAACACAGUUUGUGUAAAUGUAGAAUUAACUGCAGAACAGUGGAAAAAGAAAUAUGAAAGAGAAAAGGAAAAAAAUAAGACCCUGCGGAAUACCAUUCAGUGGCUUGAAAAUGAACUCAACCGAUGGCGUAAUGGAGAGACAGUGCCUAUUGAUGAGCAGUUUGACAAAGAGAAAGCCAACUUGGAAGCUUUUGCAGUAGAUAAGGAUAUUACUAUUACCAAUGAUAAACCAGCAGCUACAAUUGGAGUUACUGGAAACUUUACUGAUGCUGAAAGAAGAAAGUGUGAAGAAGAAAUUGCUAAAUUAUACAAACAACUUGAUGACAAGGAUGAAGAAAUUAAUCAACAGAGCCAAUUGGUAGAGAAACUGAAGACACAAAUGUUGGAUCAAGAAGAACUUUUGGCAUCUACGAGAAGGGAUCAAGAUAACAUGCAAGCUGAACUGAAUCGCCUGCAAGCAGAAAAUGAUGCCUCUAAAGAAGAAGUAAAAGAAGUUUUGCAAGCCUUAGAGGAGCUUGCUGUCAAUUAUGAUCAGAAAUCUCAGGAAGUUGAAGAUAAAACUAAGGAAUAUGAAUUGCUUAGUGAUGAACUAAAUCAGAAAUCGGCAACCUUAGCAAGUAUAGAUGCUGAACUUCAGAAACUUAAGGAAAUGACCAACCACCAGAAGAAACGAGCUGCUGAGAUGAUGGCAUCUUUACUAAAAGACCUUGCAGAAAUCGGAAUUGCUGUAGGAAAUAAUGACGUAAAGCAGCCUGAAGGAACUGGCAUGAUAGAUGAAGAGUUCACUGUUGCAAGGCUCUACAUUAGCAAAAUGAAGUCAGAAGUAAAAACAAUGGUAAAACGCUGCAAACAGUUAGAAAGCACACAAACUGAGAGCAACAAAAAAAUGGAAGAAAAUGAAAAGGAAUUAGCAGCAUGCCAGCUUCGUAUCUCUCAACAUGAAGCCAAAAUCAAAUCAUUGACUGAAUACCUUCAAAAUGUGGAGCAAAAGAAAAGACAGCUAGAGGAAUCAGUUGAUUCCCUCAGUGAAGAACUAGUCCAGCUUCGAGCACAAGAGAAAGUACAUGAGAUGGAAAAGGAGCACUUAAAUAAGGUUCAGACUGCAAAUGAAGUUAAGCAAGCGGUUGAACAGCAGAUCCAAAGCCACAGAGAAACACAUCAAAAACAGAUUAGUAGUUUGAGAGAUGAAGUUGAGGCAAAAGAAAAACUCAUCACUGAUCUUCAAGACCAAAACCAGAAAAUGAUGUUAGAGCAGGAACGUCUAAGAGUAGAGCAUGAGAAGUUGAAAGCUACAGAUCAGGAAAAGAGCAGAAAACUACAUGAACUUACAGUCAUGCAAGAUAGACGAGAACAAGCAAGACAAGAUUUGAAGGGUUUGGAAGAGACAGUGGCAAAAGAACUUCAGACUUUACACAACCUGCGGAAACUCUUUGUUCAGGACCUCGCCACCAGAGUUAAAAAGAGUGCCGAGAUCGAUUCUGAUGACACUGGAGGCAGUGCUGCUCAAAAGCAAAAGAUCUCCUUUCUUGAAAAUAACCUUGAACAACUCACUAAAGUGCACAAACAGUUGGUACGUGAUAAUGCAGAUCUUCGCUGUGAACUUCCUAAGUUGGAAAAGCGACUUAGAGCUACAGCCGAAAGAGUGAAAGCUUUGGAGUCAGCACUGAAAGAAGCCAAAGAAAAUGCAUCUCGUGAUCGCAAACGCUAUCAGCAAGAAGUAGAUCGUAUAAAGGAAGCAGUCAGGUCAAAGAAUAUGGCCAGAAGAGGACAUUCUGCACAAAUUGCUAAGCCUAUUCGUCCCGGGCAACAUCCAGCGGCUUCUCCAACUCAUCCAAGUGCAAUUCGUGGAGGAGGUGCAUUUGUUCAGAACAGCCAGCCAGUAGCAGUUCGAGGUGGAGGAGGCAAACAAGUGUAAUCUUUACACAUUACUACAGGUGUUGAAAAUAAUUGAAGAAUGAAGAGGACAUAAUAUCAGGCAGAGUCAUUCAGUGACUAUAACCUCUACCCCCUGGGAAUUGUAGAAUUAUAACCCUUUUUUAAUGUAUAAAUUAUACCUGGCCUGUACAGCCGUUUCCUACCCACUCUUCUUGUAAACUCUGCUGCUUCCCAACACAACUAGAGUGCAAUUUUGGCGUCUUAGGAGGGGAAAAGAUGACAGUUUACAACUGUGGUUCUAUUUAUUACACAGUUUGUCUUUUGUGUCUUAAAUUUAGUCUUCAUUGUGCCAAGCUAAUUGUACCAUAUAGGAUUGUGCUUUUUGUACUUGUUUGUUUGUUUGUUUGUGUUUGUUUUUUAAUCUCAGUUUAAGUUACCUAGCUGCUACUGCUUCUUACUUUUCUUAAUAAAAUGUCUUCCUUACUUUAGGGAAAAUGGAA